AUGCGGUUACCAUACCGUCGGAUCGUCGCCAGACAGACUGGCGGUGACCGGUGUCUCUCACGCUUCCCCGUCAAUUCUGAUGGGACGACUUGGCGGAUGCGUGCAGAUUGGCUCAGAAGCCACUCAAGAACGAACAGCUGCCAACGCUCGGCCCUGGCAAAGUUCAAAUCCUUGACGAUCGUCAUGGUCAUCAAACGGGAGACAAUACACAUUGGUGCGAGACACGAGGCCGCUGGAAGCCGCUGGGCAUGGGGCUUGGUGGGCGAGCGAGGAGCCGUGGGCUAA